AUGACGCGGGCCAUCAGCUUCUUGAUUUUGUGGCUCAGCCUGGCUGGUGGCCUGGCUCAGAGUGACACCAGCCCUGACGCAGAGGAGUCCUAUUCAGACUGGGGCCUUCGGCACAUCCGGGGCAGCUUUGAAUCUGUCAACAGCUACUUCGAUUCCUUUCUGGAACUGCUGGGAGGGAAAAAUGGAGUCUGUCAGUACAGGUGCAGAUACGGAAAGGCACCAAUGCCCAGACCUGGCUACAAGCCUCAGGAGCCCAAUGGCUGCAGCUCCUAUUUCCUGGGUCUCAAGGUACCAGAAAGAAUGGACUUGGGCAUCCCAGCAAUGACCAAGUGCUGCAACCAGCUGGACGUCUGCUAUGAGACUUGUGGCGCCAACAAGUAUCGCUGUGACGCGAAGUUCCGGUGGUGCCUCCAUUCGAUCUGCUCCGACCUUAAACGGAGUCUGGGCUUUGUCUCCAAUGUGGAAGGAGCUGCUGGCACCACUCCUGAUGGACGGGGCCACACCAAAGCCUUCCCAGAGGAUAAAAAUCUAUCCUCUAAGACCAGAGCAAGAGUAGCCCAACUGGCUUUCAUUAUCCAUUCCACUGUUGAAUAAUUUUCCAUAUCAGGAAUUAUUCUGUAUAGGUCUAUGGGGUUGGGUUGAAGCUUUUUUGUUGUUGUUGUUCUCAGUAAGAGAAAGAAUUUUAAAAAACCUAUCUUCUUCUUGUGUAAAGUUCUCUAUAUCCUUGAGGAUAAUUAUUUUAAAAUGACUGCUUAGCUGCCUAACUUCUAGCAGUGAUUCUAUAAUUUCUUUUUCCUAAUUUAUCUUAGGAAAAUUGUAAUUCUUUAGUUUCUGAAGCCCGAACAAUAUAUCCAAGUUAUUACUGUUACAUACUUUUAGAUGGUAAAGUUUGAAAUUCAGGCUUAUGAAGAGCUGGCUUUAUGCUACUGGGAAAGUCAGCCACAGGAAGAAUCUUGGCUCCUGUUAUAGACCAAUGUCUAGAGUGUUGUUCUAAUGUGCAUAGACUUCAAAAUAUGAAUAAUUAAUGAGGCUCUGUAAAUGGGAGUAUCCUUCUAUCUGUAUGUAUAAAAGGUGAAAAAUGCCUGCUGCUAAUCUAGGGUCAGGUCAAGUUACUCCCCACAAUAAAUUUUAGAGCAAUUUCAUCACUCCACAAAGAAAUCCCAGAGCCAUUAGCAGUCUCACCACAAUGUUCCCCUGUCUAGUUCUAGGCAACCAUUCGUCUUCCCUCUCUAUAAAUUUGCUAUUCUAGACAAUUCAUAUAAAUGGAAUUACAAAUAUGUGGUCAUCUGUGACUGGAUUCUUUCAUUUGGUAAGGUUUAUCCAUAUUGUAGUGUGCAUCAGUAUUUCAUUCCUUUUUAAUUGCUGAAUAAUAUUCCAUCACAUGCAUAAAACAAGUUUUCUUUCAUCAAUUGAUGGACAUU